GGUGCAAAAAGUAGAAGCAGUGCAUUUACAGCCCUGAUAAAGGAAGGCAGCUGGAGUGAGAGCUACCGGGCUCUUGAGCAGCUUCAGUGUAUACCUUUCCUCAGUUCUCACUACAAGCAGUUAAGCAUGUUAGCUCAGAAAAUCAGAGACACUUAACCCAGCUGAUGCCAAGCGACAGAGAAUAAUUAGAAGUAAACACCAGUCAGUACUAAAAAGUGAACCUUAUCCACAGAUCUAUAAAGCAGCAAGAACCAGAGGUGAAAAUAUACAAGAAAUAAAAGACUCUACAUUCUUGUUUACUGAACUAUAGUUAUGACAUCAGUUCUGGGGAACAACAGAGCUUCUGGAGGUCCAAGUAGUCAACUAAAAUGCAAGUCCAAAAGGAGGAGAAGAAGGAGAUCAAAGAGGAAAGAAAAAGUAAGCAUAUUGUCAACCUUCAUCACGCCCUUCAAGUAUUUAAGUCCUGGUGCCACCAAUAUGGAAGAUGAAGACAAUUUAAGUACCAGCAGCGCAGAAGUAAAGGAAAACCGAAAUGUUGGCAACCUGGAGGAUCAUCCGAUAUCCUCUAAUGACAGGUCAAGAGUGGGCACACCUAGCAUUAAAAGGAAAAGACCAUUAGAGGAAGGCAACAAUGGCCAUUUCUGCAAACUCCAACUCAUCUGGAAGAAAGUCUCAUGGUCAGUGACACCAAAGAAUGCCCUGGUCCAGCUACAUGAACUUAAACCAGGUUUACAAUACAAAAUGGUUUCCCAGACAGGCCCAGUGCAUGCUCCAGUCUUUGCUGUUGCUGUAGAAGUAAAUGGGCUUACAUUUGAAGGUACAGGACCCACGAAAAAGAAGGCCAAAAUGCGAGCGGCAGAACUAGCGCUGAAAUCUUUUGUUCAGUUCCCAAAUGCAUGUCAAGCUCACUUUGCCAUGGGGAACUGUUUUAACCCAUCCACUGACUUUACAUCUGACCAGGCAGACUUUCCAGAUACUCUGUUCAAGGAGUUUGAACCGUCUGCACACAGCGAGGACUUUUCGGUCUAUAACCCGGUUAAUAAUGAAUUGCUUUCUACUGCUUAUCGGCAUGGGAGGUUACUCUGCCACACAUUGGAUUUAAUGGGCCACGCUAAGCAAAACAAGCACAAGAUGGCAUCCACAGCUGAGAGCGAAAAGAACCCAGUGGUGUUGCUAAAUGAGCUGCGAUCGGGACUGAGGUACAUCUGCCUUUCAGAGACUGUGGAGAAGCAGCAUAUCAAGAGUUUUGUGAUGGCAGUGAGAGUGGAUGGGAGAACAUUUGAAGGCUCAGGACGUAGCAAGAAGCUGGCAAAAGGCCAAGCAGCACAAGCUGCGCUGCAGGCCCUCUUUAACAUUCGGCUGCCCAGUCACAUUCCCAGCAGGAGUAAAUGUAACCAUUUGCCACAGGAGUUUGCUGAUUCCAUAUAUCAAAUGGUUACACAGAAGUUUCAAGAGUUGACAGACAAUUUCACCUCCAUGCACGCACGCCACAAAACCCUUGCAGGAAUUGUGAUGACCAGAGGCUUGGACAUCAGGCAGGCUCAGGUUAUUGUGUUGUCAUCGGGUACCAAAUGUAUAAACGGAGAAUACAUUAAUGAUCAAGGGCGCGUGGUCAACGACUGCCAUGCAGAAAUUCUGGCAAGGAGAGCAUUUGUUCAUUUCCUUUAUUCUCAGCUGGAGCUACACCUAAGCAAACGGCGAGAGGACUGGGAGCGAUCAGUCUUCAUGCGAUUAAAAGAGGGAGGCUACAGGCUGAAAGAAAACAUUCUGUUCCAUCUAUAUGUGAGCACUUCACCCUGCGGAGAUGCACGCCUCAACUCCCCCUACGAAAUCACAGCUGACUUGAACAGUACCAAGCACAUAGUAAGAAAGUACCGGGGGCAUCUACGAACGAAGAUUGAGUCUGGAGAAGGAACCAUCCCCGUCCGAUGCCAUAAUGCAGUUCAAACAUGGGACGGUGUGUUGUUGGGAGAGCAGCUAGUCACAAUGUCUUGCACUGACAAAAUUGCCAGAUGGAACGUUCUUGGGUUACAAGGUGCUCUCCUCAGUUACUUCAUCGAACCCACAUACUUGCACAGCAUUAUUGUGGGAAGCCUCUGUCACACUGGUCACCUUUCCAGGGUAAUGAGCCAUAGAAUAGAAGACAUUGGUCAGCUGCCAGCUUCAUACCGGCAUAAUCAGUUGCUCCUCAGUGGAGUAAGUAAUGCUGACUUACGGCAACCAGGAAAAUCUCCCAGUUUCAGUGUGAACUGGAUAGUGGGUAACAUGGACCCUGAAGUGAUUAACGCCACAACAGGAAAGAGGACCUGUGGGGGCUCUUCGCGGCUCUGCAAGCACACGUUUUAUGUUCGGUGGGCAAAGCUUUAUGGAAAGCUGAGCACACGAAUGCCAAGCCAUGGAGACAUGCCAUCAGUGUACAGUGAGGCUAAACUGGUGGCUCAGACAUACCAGGCUGUCAAGCACCAGCUGUUUAAAGCAUUUCAGAAAGCAGGUCUGGGCACCUGGGUCAAGAAACCCCCAGAGCAAGAUCAGUUUUUACUAACUGUAUAAAUCAUUCAACAUCUUUGCUACAUGACCGGAUCAAAUCAACUGGAGAGAAGGAUAGGCAGAAUGUGUGGGCUGAUAGAAUGGAUGCAGUUCAAUAUUUAAUAACAACCUCCAUGAGAAUAUUUUCUUUUAAUUCUGUAUUGGAAAUACAUAAACAUAAGAUGUGUUUGAUUAAUGCACUGAACUUGACAUUAGGAAACUGCUUUUUCAUACUGAUCCCCUUACACGGAUCUACAUGCUCAGAUUAUAAAAUGUUUCUCACAAAGACGCCGCUGUUCAUUGUUUGUAGUACACAGGAUUAUUAUUUAUCCAAGAAGCAGCUGCAUUUCAGACUUGAGCAGGCCAUGCAUCUGACUUAAAAUACAGUUUAUCCAGUGCUCAAUUUGUAAUGAAAGAGGUGCUGAGGCUCACGCAAUUAGAUGCCAGGACUCAAGCAAUUUUUUUUUACUUUCAUAACUGACCCAGCAAGUCCUGAGAUGCCGGGGCUAUGAACUGCCAAGCCUGGAAAUGCUGGGGCUCAGCGCUGGCACAGACUAAGCACCGAGUUUAUCUUCCCCCCAUACCAUCAGAGCAAUAAUGUUGCUGAAUGAUGGAAGAUACUUUAGUUAGUGAAUACAUGAAAAUACCUUCAUACUCACAGUGUGACAGGGAGUCACAGGACAAGCAUAUUCAAUCACAAGGAGUUGCGUAUCCUCUAUGCAAAAAUUGUUCUGUCAGCUGCUUAAUUUUAAUACAGGGAUUCUUUUAAACUGUUUCCUGUUUUCGGAUCUGAGCAUAGUACUGGGAGCCAGGAUUUCCUGAUUUCUAAACCUGACUCUGACACUGACUCCUUUUGUGUCCUGCAGCAAAUCACAUAGGACCAAAUUUUCACCCAUAGUCCUAAGUUUUUGGUGCCUCAUCUUUUGGAAGCUGCAAACUAAACAGAGUUAGGGCCUGAUUUUUCAGAGGUGCUGAGUCCCACAAUUCCAGAUGAAGUCAAUGGGAGCUGAGGCUCCUCUGCACCUCUGAAAAAUCAACUAUUGAAUAUUUGAUGUUGGAUACCCACAAAAACCUCAGAUACUCACUUUUGAAAUUUGGUCGUUCACUGCCUCAAUUUUUCCAUCUGUGAAAUGGGGAGCUUGUGGUAAUAAUUUAUUUAAUUAAUGGUUGGUUAUAAAUCACUGUAUAAAUAAGACUCUGUCACACUUAUGUUGAAUAGUACUUCACUCUGUAGAUAGUCCCACUGAAACCAUACAAUGGACAUGACUACUCCCAGAGUAAGGCUCUACACAGUGUGAGAAAGGUAGGCUUGCCAGUUUUGGUUUGAUGUAUUCCUGGAGGUUUCGUCAUAUGACAUAAUCUUUAAUUAAAGAUGAAUCUUUAAUUCCUAGAGACUCCUAAAGGGUUUUCAGGUUCUGGUCCUAUGUAAGUACUAAAUAGUCUUAUUAAAUUGACCACACAUUCAUUCGCAGUCUGAAAUGCAGAUUGUUUUCUAUUAUAAGAAUAGCUUUUUGCUGAAACAUAUCUUCAAAAGGAAGGACUGAGUCUGUUAUUAUUGCUCUAUGAAUCAUUUCACUUCAUCAGAAUGUAAGGCAUGGGAGAUCUAAAAGUCCAUAGUCCAACUAAACCCAGGGUUGAGAGUUCAAUCCUUAAGGAGGCCAUUUGGGGAUUGCUCCUGCUUUGAGCAGGGAGUUGUACUAGAUGAUCUCCUGAUGUCCCUUCCAACCCUAAUAAUCUUAGAUAAGAUUUAACAGCAGAACUAACUGUCAUACACACUGUAUUUUUUUAUUUAUUUUGUUUGUUUGUUUUUUUAAAUGACAGGAUUUGCAGGUAUAUAACAACUUUUCUUUUUAUUCCAGUGAUUCUCUUUAAAUCUGUAUAUAACAUGCUGCUACUGAUUUGUGAUAAUUGUCUAGAUAUUUCACCAGAACAGUCUAGAUGAGUUACUUUUCAAACAAAUACAUAGCUCAUAUUUUUUCCAUGUAAUUUCCUUUACACAGGAAACUGUUCCUAUCAAUAAAGGUAGAUGCUCUUUGUAUAGCGUUUAUCAUAUUUGGAGAGCCAUAUACCGUAAAUACAUUGUUUAUUGAUGCCCACAAUAGACUAGCUACAGUAUUUUGAUGAGAUCUUAUUUUUAGAUUGUAAACUACAAGAUGUAGCUAUAGUGUCUUGUAUAAAAAUUAUUGUGAUAAAUUAGAAUUUUUAAAUUAGAUAAAGCAGAGCUCUCCCCUUAUGAAAACCUUUCCAAUAAAAUAAUACAUUCCAUAUUAACUACCAAAAAAGUCCUUAGAGUAGAUAUAUUUAAUAACCUGAAGUUGUUUCAAUAAGUUAGGGGCAAGAAGAUACUUUGUGGUAACCACUUUGUUAAUAUGACCCCUUCCAGGGUUAUCUUUAACAUUUCAAAAUAAUGUUACACUCCUUCUGGAGAUUUCAUCUGUACUUCCAAAUGUCAACCAUUCCCGUGUUACCUUCCCAUCUGGCUUUGGCCCUAGCUCCCGCUGGUGUUGAUGGAAGAUGUCUCCAUUGACAUCAAGGAGAGCAGGAUCUGGCCCACAGCCUGCCAGCUUUGUGUUAGUGCAGAGGGAAGCCGCUUUGUGAAGGUAGCAGGGUACAGGUCUAUGUAGUGAGUUACACACAGAGCUUGUGGCUGCUCCGUAAGCAGGUAUGAAUGGGAGGAGGGUGGGCAAAGGGAGUCCCCUUGCCCCCAUGCAUGGGCUCCUCCAGGGCCAGGCCCCAACUGCACAGUGGCUGCACUUGAUGAAGCAUAGGGUCUGCUUCCUCCUUUAGUCUCAAUGGCCCAAUACACUCCAAUGCGGGUAGGACCAUGGCCCUGCCUCAGCACGGCAUGGGACUGGUCUGUAGAUGGGAGCAUGCAGCACUUCUUGAAGGUAUAUAGCCCCCAGUGGCCCAGGGAGCUCAGGGGAGAAUUCUAGCACCCUGAGACAGAAUUGCCCUCCAAGCUCCCCCCUCCCCUUAGUCUGAGCUGAGCACAUUUGCACAACGGAGUCAGUGCACUAGCAGGGUUCAAAUCCAGCUGCCAGCAUUUGAAAGGGCCCAGUGCUGUUGAGUCUGACCUCCCCAGCAUGAAGAAUACCGGGGCUCUGUCAUUUAAACUGACUCCCUCCUCACGAAGGGUACUGGUAACUCCUUCUUGAACUACUGGGUCUCUCUACGUUAACCCAACCUAGCCACACGAGAGACUUCAAGGCUCCUUCUUAAACCAGCUGGGUUCAGCCCCAGCAUGUUUCCAACCUUAUGGAUACAUAAGGGCUGCAGGGUCUGGUAUUAGAGCUAACAUGACCACAAACUGAAGGAGCUAGUUAUUUUAAGGAUGACAAGACAGGUGGGAUGGACUGAUCAGGCCUUUGUUGCAACAAUUACAUUUUAAAAAUCCUGGAUUCGAUUGCCAGACCUAAUCGAGGCAGUGAGGACCGAGCUUGAACCUGUCAUAAGUAGAAAUAUGAUAGGUCCAUUGAAGGUAGUGGAGUCACAGCUCUUCACCCCAGUGUUGACUCUGGGCCAAGCUGUCUACCAUUCCUCAAUAUAUGCAUCAACACAGUGUGCACCACAUCGCAGCAGCACAAAUUACCAACAUGCAGCAUUUCCUGAAGCAAAGGAAAACUUUCUCAAUAGGAAAUCUUAAGUGACGAUUAUGUACAUAACACGCAUGAGUGAAUGGCAAUACUGUACUAAUGGAUGUAAAUUUGUAAUAUUUGUAAAAAAAGACAACAGAAGAAAAUAAAUCUGAAUUUACAUAUGUGAAUUUGCUGCUAAGUUCUGUAAAUUGCACUUCAGUGAUACUUGAUAAGUGAAUGUUUCUGUUAA